AUGAUGAACGCUGACAUGGAUGAUCUCUCAGCAAGAGUAGAUGCAGUUAAGGAAGAAAACCUAAAGCUAAAAUCAGAAAAUCAAGUUUUUGGACAGUAUAUAGAAAACCUCAUAUCUCCUUCUAGUGUUUUCCAAAUAACUGACAUGAAAAGCAAAAGAAAGUAA